AUGGUCACUUCAAUGGACCUUACAGUUGACGACAUGUGGGACAUCUGGAUCGGCUCUGUAGCGGUAGCAUCUGUCAACACGACUGUCUCCCCUACUCCCGUGCCCAGCUCUGAACUGAUCCCCCCUCCACCGUUACACUAUCCGUCAUGGAUGAGCGGCCCGCAAACACCACAACAGUUGAAGAACGAAUCGUGGAGUUUUCCAAAAGACUUCUGGUGGGGCGUUUCAAGCGCUUCCUAUCAGGUCGAAGGCGCAGUGAAGGACGAGGGCCGCUCGCCCUCGGUCUGGGAUGCUCUUCUGCACAAUGUAGUGGGCAACAGCUUGUACAACGAAACGGGGGAUGUUGCCAUCAACCACUAUUACCUCUAUAAGCAAGACAUUGCGAGGCUAGCGGCUAUGGGCGUGCCUUAUUACAGCUUUUCCCUGUCUUGGUCGCGCAUCCUACCUUUCGGGCGCGGACCGAUCAACGAGGCAGGCUUGGCGCAUUAUGAGGACGUGAUCAACACGUGUUUGGAGUACGGCGUGAAACCUGCGGUAACACUCUUUCACUGGGAUCUGCCACUGUAUCUUUAUAACCUGUAUGGCGGAUGGACCAACGAGAAAAUCGUAGACGACUUCGUCAACUACGCCCGGAUCGUCUUCGAGAGGUUUGGAAACAAGGUACCCAUGUGGUUCACCGUGAACGAGCCCAUCAGCUUCUGUACUCUCCAAAUGCCUGACAACUACUUCCGUCGCGUCCCCAUCCUACAAAAGCAACAGCCCUACUUCUGCGGUCAGCACGUCCUCCUCGCGCACAGCAAAGUCUACCACCUGGCCAAAUCCAUGAACCUCACGGGGCCAGUAACGUUCAAAAACAACGGCUACUACAAAACGCCGCAGACCAACUCGACCGCCGACGCCGAGGCAACGCAGCGCGCCUGGGACUUCAACGAAGGGUGGUUCGCCAACCCCGUCUUCGUCGACGGCGAGUAUCCGCGCUACCUGAAGGAAUACGUCUCAACCUUCCUGCGCGACCUGACGGCCGAAGAGAAAGCGGCCAUCAAAGGCUCGGCCGAUUACUUUGCGCACGACGCGUAUGCUGCGAAAUACUACAUGGCGCCGACGACCGGCAUCGCCGCCUGCACAGCCAACUACUCGCACCCGCUCUUCCCCACCUGCGCCAACUCGUCCUUCACCCUCACCGACGCCGACGGCGGCUGGCUGAUCGGCCCCGCCGCCGACCCGUACACGUCGUGGCUGCACAAAGCAACGGACUGGAUCCCGCAAUUCCUCCGCUACAUCAACACCACCUGGCCGCACCCGGGCGGCAUCGCCGUGUCCGAGUUCGGCUUCACGGAGCCCUUCGAGCACGACAAGAAGCUGCUGUCCGACAUCCGGCUCGACCUGGGGCGGUCCGCCUACUACCGCGACUACGUCGAUGCGGUGCUGCUGGCGGCGAGCGAGGGCGUCAAGGUGGUCGGCCUGCUGGCGUGGUCGAUCGCGGACAACUUGGAGUGGACGGCCGGGUAUGGGGUCAAGUUCGGGGUGCAGUACGUGAAUCUGACGACGCAGGAGCGGUCGUACAAGGCGAGUUUCUUUGAGCUGAGGGAUCGGAUCGAGAUGUAUUGGGAAAAGUAG